GGACCCCGCGGCCCGUGGGCAACCGUCCGCCCGUGACAACCAGACCCCGCGGCCCGUGACAACCAGACCCCGCAGCCCGUGACAACCUCCCGCUCUCCUCACACCAACGGCCAGAGCUCGAGGCGCCCCUCUCGUGGCAACCUGACACCCCGCGGCCGUGACAACCGAUGCUCUUCCGUGGAGACACAAGAAAAUGCAGACGCGGGAAUCUAGUGCAAGAAACAAAGUUAGACACAAAACCCUGGAGUAACUCAGCGGGAGUGGUUACUCCCUCCGCAAGUCACAAAGUGCUGGAGUAACUCGGCGGGCCAGGCAGCAUCUGUGAAGGGAAUGGAUAGACGCAUCACUCCCUGUGUCUUUGCAAUUCACUCCUCCUCCUUUUUUCCCCCUAUCUGACAACAUUUUGUCUCCUUUUCGCCUCCAACCUUUGUCACCCACCUGCCAAUCACUACCCCUUACCUGUAUCCAACUGUCUGAUGAAGGGUUUCGGCCCGAAACGUUGCCUAUUUCCUUCGCUCCAUAGAUGCUGCUGCACCCGCUGAGUUUCUCCAGCAUUUUUGUGUACCUCCAACUAUCACUUGCCAGGCUUUGCCCCAUCCCCACUUCUCUUUUCUAGAUAUAGAGGAAGGCUAUUCCAUUAGCCUGAAGAUAGGUCCGAACCCAAAGUGUUGCCUGUCUAUUCCCUCCAUAGAUGUUGCCUGGUCUGCUGAGUUCCUGCAGCCGUUUGUUAAGUCACAGCACUAAUAUUGAUGGUGUAGCUGGCACCUGUCUCUUGAAGUGCAGCCCUUCUUCACCAAUGAGGAAGUCCAUGGGAUCAAAUUGACAGUACAUCCUUAGCAACAAAAGAUGGGCUAGAUUGCACGAAUGCUCAGUAUGGGGAGGACAUGGGAAAAUCUAGUUAAUGUAGCCCAAAGAACAAAAUACAAGAUCAAGAACAAGGAGCUGAUUCACUGAAGGCGACUGGGGAGAGAUAAUUGGGCUGGAUUUUCCCAACAUUCUCAUUUGUUUAACGUUUCCAGCAGCUAUUGUGUUCAUUCUCUCGCAGUACGGCAGAUUUCUUGCAUAUCCUGUUUUUUUAAAUUCCAUCACAACUCUUGGUACAACACUGUCAUCUGCUGCCCAUAUGCUUCAGGUGCAGCGGCAACAGUCUUUAUAACCACAAUAUCUGGGUAACUCCUUGUGGCAUGACAUGAUGCUCUAGAUUGCAAAUGGACUUUAUACUCUUGUAACACAUGACAAUCGAGUGCAACUUGCAUCUAUUUACAGAAGCCAUCAUCCUGGGCUUUGAAAAGACAGCUGCACAAACAUGUGUUUCAACACUGAACCUUUGGAGCAAGUGUGUGUCCAUACUGUGACAAACAAUAACAUUACGAACAAAAGCAAUUACAGGAAUUUUGAGUAUGGAGUCCUCCAGGACCGGGUCUUGAACACAUAUCGACUGAUGCACACUUACCAGACAGUGGAGUUUGUGAAGAGAAAGAUCUCUCAGUGGGUCCCAUGUUUACGGGCUGAAAUGACAGUGAUGGAGGCUCUUCAGGCGCUCGACCAUUUGGUUGAUGAAUCUGAUCCCGAUGUGGAUUUUCCAAACUCAUUCCAUGCCUACCAAACUGCAGAGGGAAUCAGAAGUGUUCAUCGCAGCCUAGACUGGCUGCACCUUGUUGGACUCCUACAUGAUAUCGGGAAAAUCCUCUCAAUCUGGGGGGAGCCGCAGUGGUGUGUGGUCGGAGACACUUACCCAGUCGGCUGUCGGUUUCAAGAAUCCAUCGUUUACAGGAACAACACAUUCGCAGAUAAUCCAGAUCUCAAGGACACAAGAUACAGCUCGCUCUGUGGGAUUUAUGAGCCUAACUGUGGUUUGGAAAAAGUGAUGAUGUCUUGGGGGCAUGAUGAGUAUCUGUAUAAUGUGCUGAAAACUAAUGGAUGCAAACUUCCCGAAGAGGGACUGUACAUUAUCCGCUACCAUUCGUUCUAUCCCUGGCACACGAAGGGAGAUUACAUGCACCUCUGUAACCACAAAGACCUGAACAUGCUGCAGUGGGUUAAAGAAUUCAACAAGUUUGAUCUGUACACCAAGAACGAGGAUUUACCCGACAUAAAGAAGCUACAGCCCUAUUAUCAACAACUGAUUGACAAAUAUUGUCCUGGGAAAUUGCGUUGGUAACCAGAGGGACAUAGUCUACCCAAAAGCAACACCUCAAUCUUGGACAAAUAAUGUCCUUCAGAACUGGGACAAUUUCAGGAAAAGUUCACAACUGAUCAAAAUUUCCAAGAAACAUUUGUUUUCAAUUUGCUAUUUAUCUGGAUGAUCGCCAUCUAGCUCCCUGCUUAAAAUAUCACCCAGGUUUCUAAUUUGUAAGCUCACCCUGCCAUUUAGUUUUCACUGUUGUUUUAUGCAGCAGUAACUCACUGACAACAAGUGCGUUGCCUCUCUAAACGCAAAGCUGACACACAGCUCCUACUGAUAUUUGUGGCCUGAGACACUUUGGAAAAAGGAACAACCUGAAAAUUAAAUUGUAUUUCUGGUG